CAUCACGGCCUUCCUCCAGAAUGCAGAUGGCCCAGUUCAAGAUCCUGGCCACGGGCCUGGGACUUCUAACCCCCUUGGUUCACGCAGUAGCACAAGCACCAACGGCGUACAGCUAUGCUUACAGCGCUUGUGGCAAGAUCACGAACUUCAACGCAGUCUUUUACGAUUACUAUUCUUACUCGUAUGGAAACGUCCAAGACUGCCAAAUGGAUUGUGACUCUUUUGGCUCUGCGUUCGCCGCUGUGGGAAACGAUGCGAAUCAGCAGUGCUGGUGUUCAGACCCUAACAGCCCGAAUAAUUCACCGAGUCCUGUUCUCGCGUCGGUGCCAAACCCCAACGCCGCUCUUUGCAACGUUGCUUGUACCAACAACAAUCCUUAUGCUUGUGGAGGAAACUAUGGCAGCGAUAUCAUCUAUAACGUCUAUGGGAACCACAACUACUACAACGACCAGCAGCAGCUCCACAAGGUCUACGACUACUUCGACAACCACGACAUCCUCUACACGGACUUCAACCUCAACAAGUGCCGGACCAACCAACACCCUUCAACAUAGGGCUCCUCGCUUCCGAUAUAGCUAUAGGGGGUGCGGUGCCAUUAGCAACUUUGGUACUGUCGGAACGAACUAUAUUUACGCGAUUGGCAACGCCACACAGUGCCAGCAAAGCUGUAGCUCCUUCGG